GAGAGAGAGAGAAGCGAUCGCGAGAGAGAGAGAGAGAGAGAGAGAGAGAGAGAGAGAGAGAGAGAGAGAAUGCAACCUCCCAAAAUAAAGAGCAAAGAUUGCAUUAGGAGCGAAACAGCGCUGCAGAUAUAGAUGGCAGCUUCGUGUCAGUGAGUUUGCGUCCCCCUUCCUGAGCCACGAGCUGGAGUGAUUAGAGCCCUGGAAGGGAAUUGUGACUCCCGUGAAGUCCCCUUUUCCUGGCAGUCAUCUGCACUGUACAAGCUGGAUCCCUCUCUCCAUCCACCCCGCUCAACUCGCUCCUCUCUUCUCGUCUCCUCUCUCCCUCUCCUGCAUUGAUUUUUUUUUUCUUCCUCUCCCUCUCUCUCUCUCUCUUUUUUUUUUUUUUUUAGUUGACUGAAACAAAACAAAACAAAAGGGCCACUGGAUGUCUGCCUUCCUGGGGGGUGAGCCAGACAGACUGACAAACAAACAGACCCAGCUGAGCUCGGGGGAGGGCUUCUCCUCCGCUUUUGCCCGGCAGCAGCAACAUGGACGUGUUGGCUAGUUAUAGUAUAUUCCAGGAGCUACAGCUUGUCCACGACACCGGCUACUUCUCAGCUUUGCCGUCCCUGGAAGAGACCUGGCAGCAGACAUGCCUUGAGUUGGAACGCUACCUCCAGACAGAACCCCGGCGGAUCUCGGAGACCUUUGGCGAGGACUUGGACUGCUUCCUCCACGCCUCUCCUCCCCCGUGCAUUGAGGAAAGCUUCCGGCGCUUAGACCCCCUGCUGCUCCCAGUGGAAGCCACCAUCUGCGAGAAGAGCUCCGCAGUGGACAUCUUGCUCUCUCGGGACAAGUUGCUAUCUGAGACCUGCCUCAGCCUCCAACCAACCAGCUCUUCUCUAGACAGCUACACAGCGGUCAACCAGGCCCAGCUCAACGCAGUGACCUCAUUAACGCCCCCCUCGUCCCCUGAGCUCAGCCGCCAUCUGGUCAAAACCUCACAGACUCUCUCAGCCGUGGAUGGCACGGUGACGUUGAAACUGGUGGCCAAGAAGGCUUCCCUCAGCUCAGUGAAGGUGGGAGGGGUGGCGGCGGCAACAGCCGUGACACCAGCUGGAGCAGUUAAGAGUGGACAGAGCGACAGUGAACAAGGAGGGGUAGGGGCUGACACAUGCCCUGAAAACAAGAAGAGGGUCCAUCGCUGUCAGUUUAACGGGUGCCGGAAAGUUUAUACAAAAAGCUCCCACUUAAAGGCCCACCAGAGGACUCACACAGGUAGUGAGAAGCCUUACAAGUGCUCCUGGGAAGGAUGCGAGUGGCGUUUUGCACGGAGCGAUGAGCUCACAAGGCACUACAGGAAACACACAGGUGCAAAGCCCUUUAAAUGCAACCACUGCGACAGGUGUUUCUCCAGGUCCGACCAUCUUGCUCUCCAUAUGAAGAGACAUAUCUAAACAAAACAAAACAAAAACAAAAGUAAACAACAACAAGAGCAAAACACCGCAAAGGCCAGAGUUGCCAUGGCAUCAGCCAGCGUCCGAAGGAAAUGCCGUGAGGCAGAGGGCUGGACUUCAGGCGGGGCGCACUGCCUCGCAGAAGAGAGUUCUCGCUUACAAACCUCUGUGUACAUACUUGUACACACACACGUCCACACACACCCUCUCACACAGAGACCCACACACAUACCCACUGUCAUGCACUCAACUAUAUUUAAAGUAUAUACGUCUAUUUCUUAUGCCUUGCCCUAGCCAGAUGGUAGAAGACAAGGAAGAAGGGAGCCAGGUGAACUCCGAGAGGCGCCGGCUGCCGGCUCCAGCACUAUUGCAAUUACUUCCCGCCGUUGCCAACGGAAAACAAAGCAAACGGAUGUCUUCACGGUGGCCGGCAGUACGAGGGGCUUUACCUAACCGGCUUCUUGGUGCAACUUGAUAAGAGAAUCCAACGUCUUACAGUUGCAUAUGUGUGGCACUAAUGUUUCUUUUUAAAUAGUUGGGGGAAAUUGACCUAGAAAACCAAAUUGCAGUUUGGUAGCCAAACCUAACUCCCGGUUUAUUUGUCCUUUGUGUGUGAAAAGUCCUACUAUUCCGUGCGUCAGACUUCCUCACAGAACUGUCGGUUGGUUUUGGUCCUUCUUAGGACCACUGAGAUCUUUCUGAGUCACUACCGAUGGCCUUAGUGGCGGCAGACUGUGGAUCCACAUCUUACACCUUUCUGGCCUGCAUCUCUCUAGACUUCACUCUCAAGGGAGGAGUUUUCUUUUCUUACAUUUUUUUUCUUUUUGACUCUCGCACAUCAUAUGCACUAGGGAUUCUGGAAACUUCUAGCAUGACUGCAAAGUGGCCAAGAGAAUAACGUUCUUGAUGAUAAGUCACAGUAAUACCCCUUGAGCCUCACCUUCUUGCCAGUGCUAGAAUUUUUCUUUUUAAUCUCUCUGAUUUUUGCUAAGGAAAACUUGAAAGAAAAAAAAAAGCUUAUUUGGAAGCUUAAACGUUUUAUGUUUUCUCCAUGGACUAAACCUCUCCAGGACUCUCUCGGCACCUGGAUGUCUAGCUCUCGAAGCAGCCAAUCAGACGGGACAUCACAGUUCUCUCAUCCCUCCUUGAGGCGUGAUGACCUCAGCUCACAGUGAGCAGCUACUGUGCUGUGUCAUUGCUACCCUGUAACCAGUUACAGCAUAGAUGUCGCUAGUCUCAAAGGGCAGCUGCGUAUUUAAUCUAACUCUGGGUUAUGACCUGACAAAAAGCCAAAAAUAUCACUCUUUCCAGGAGUGGGGGAAUCGGAGGAUGUCUCCCAAGUCUAGAGGCUUCACAAAAUGUCAUCCCAUCUCUUCCCUCUCUUACCCACUGAGAUCAUGGUACCCACUUGUUAAAUACAUACUUCAAAAUGCCAUCGUGGGAAUGAAGGUUGUCCAUUAAGGAAAGGGUGGAGGUGUCCCUUGUGGUGUGUCUAGGAGUUUAGGGGGCUUCCUUUUUAGGGGGGAGGGAACUGGUUCUUUUUGGCUAGGCCCACCAUGGCUUGUGACCUAAAGCCCCCAGGAUCAACAGAGGCCUCCCACUUUACCCUGAAAGCUGACUCCAAGGGGGUUCUAUUGCUCACUUGCAUUUCACACACAUGUAUUCCAAUGUCGGUUUCUAUCUUCCUGCAUUCUUAGCUAGCUGGCACUGGCCUAAACUCCAAAGACUGCCUUUAGGACCAUUAACUGGCCUAUGCAAGCAAGCGGGGUGGGUGUUAAGGCAGAUUGUAUAUUUUGUAUAUUCUGGGACCAUCCCUUGAAGACAAGUCUAACAAACAAAAAUGGCAUUUGGUCCGUACAUGGUUGCUGCUCCUUCAUACCAGCUGGCUCCCUCCUGCCCUCCUUUGACUGUGUGACUCGCUGACUGUUAAAAUGUCACCCCAUACAUAUUUGGGAUGCAAAACUGAAGCCUUUUAAAGGAAAUAAUACUAAUGUAAGCAACCCAAACACAUAGGACAGCGGCCUUCAAGAUCCUUGGCACUUGGGUUCUCAGCUUUCUACAACUUUUGUUUCACUGAAAUGUUGAAUCUGUUUGUCUGAGGGUAAAGGGACCUCCUUGUCACAAAUGCUAUAGCUUUCAGUUGGACACUUGGGGCAUUUUGAGGUCUAGCCUUUAGAAUUUUCUUUUACUUUUCUUUUCAAUUUAGACCAAAAAUAAAUAAUAAAAAGAGAAAAGAAACCACUCUGAACACACACACACACACACACACACACACACACACACACACACCGCUCCAUUUGCCAGAGCAAUUAUGUAUAUGUUAGUUGGAGGGUAUUAAAGAAAAAAGAAUCUGUUUUAUUCCAAAGAUUUAAAAGUGGACAUGACUUAGAAACUGUUCUGGGGCACUGCUUGCUGACAAUCUCAUUCUCUGCUACAUUUGAGUGCAUUUUGCAGCCAGUCCAUCAGGGCAUACCAUGGGAUUAUGAAUGUGUGGUGCAUCCUUUUCGGAUGAAGGAUGUGUGAGGGACCUUGAACCUCAGCUGUAUUGAACUGUUGCGCCUCCAGUCAGUGCACUAGAUGAAACUUUUUAGAUUACCCGACUUCUGUUGGUUUGUUUCUUUUCCCCCUUAGGUAGCAGCCUCCAGCAUGAAUGCACGCACACGCCGGACAUGGCAUGAAGCCAUGUCUGCCAUGAUUUACAGAUGUUCUCUCCCAGGCUGGAGCUGCUCUUGCUCUCAAAAUGUUAUUACUAAGGUUUAUAGUAGUACUUAAUUUAAUUUUUGUACUGACCAAUGCAAGGCUCUAUAAAAAAAAAAAAGAAAGAAAAAAGAAAAAAAAAGAAAAAAAAAACACAAAAGAGUAAUCAUUGCUGUUUGUCCCUCUCGUCAUCUGUGGUUUCAUUUGAAUGUGACAGAACAAAGGCCCCUUGGUCCUUUUUGGUGUCUGAAAUGUUUGGUAAUUUCUCUUUCGUAUCAGUGAGGUCCUCUGUAAUCUGCUUCUGACCUCUCUUGGAGCAGGGUGCACUGAGCUGCCGUGACAGUGCUUGCUUGCUUCGGAGUCCUUUGUUGACUGUGGGAACUGGCCUGAGAAUUUGGUGGGUGCUAAGCGCAUGGCUUUGGAUCUAUUCUUCUCCAGCCACAAUGGACACCCGUGGAAGAUAACCUCAGGAUAGGAUUGGCAGCCCUUGGACAUUUUAGAAAGAGGUCUGUGGUAUGUCCUCUGUUCCUUCUCACAGGCAGAGAUGGUCGAUUGGAGCCUCUGAAGAGAGCAGGCUUUUUUUCAAGAAAUAGGCUUAACAAUUUAUUUUGCUCCCAAGAGGACUGUUAUCUAGAAUGGUGUAAUAGAUAUUUGAGACAUAAAAUCCCUUUCACAACUUAAAACAUUACCUCCUAACAUUCCAAGGGAUCCCAAAUUUUGAAAGGGCAAAGGUGGCAUAGUGUAUCACACAGGCUGUCCUCCUGAGCUUGCUGUCCAAGGUCCAGAGCUGGCUGUGUAGAAGACGUGUUUCUAAGCCACUGGCGAUUUUCUUUACUUCCAGUUACGCCUCUAUCUUCUCCACAUGACCUUCAAGGAUGUGGAGACCCGACAUUGUAAUGCUGCUCCUUGCUCCUGGCCUCCUGUUCCACUGUUGGCUCACUGGUCCGGCUUCAUGCCUGUGGUGAUGAGUACUUUGUCCAGAAAAAAAAAAGAGAGAGAGACGUUUGGAUUCCACGAUAUAAAGCUGCGCUUUUAUAAAAUUGUUGGAGACCCCAAAAUCACCUUUAUGCUGACCAUCUCCCAGCCUUUCCAACUUCCUUCACAAAGUCCUUCAAACGCUCCUGUCUCCCUGCCAUCACCUCCCCAUAUGCACCACCUCUAUCCUUUUCCAUCUUUGAUUGCCUGAUGAUAACAGGGUAAAAAGACAGCCCAACCUCAUGCCUGAUGAGCAGAAUGGAUUCCUAGGGUUUUUCUUUUUUUUUUUUUUAAUUUUAUUGUUCUUUUUUUUUAAUCUUCUUUGAAGUCAGAGAAGAAUUUAUUUAGGGACGUGGAUUUGGGAAAAGUUUCCAAAUGAUCCAUGUCUAUUUGCAUCCAAGGGAGAACAAACGGGGGUGGGGGGAAUUCGCUGACCCAGGCACUCAGAACAAAGUCCUGCCUGAGCCUUCACUGCUACAUCCCAUGGGAAAGCCCAAAGAUACGGAUUUCCAGUGAAAACCUCAGUGAUUAUUUGUCAUGGCUCAAGGCGAUUUUCUCUGUGGAAGUCACUUCCUAAUGUAAAAGUGGAAGCUACUAUUUUCUCCUCUUUUGCGUGUGUUACUUCAGAAGGAAAAAGCUAAGGAGCGUCAACAACCUAUUGGUCUGCAGAAACUGGUCUGUUGCCUCUCCCUUUAAAAAUAAAACCAAGCAAACCAAGACCUCACAUCUGGCUGAAAUCUUACAACGAGAAUAUUGCCCAACUGGAAAUUCAGUAAGUAGGACCUGGCGGAAAUGAACUCACAAAAACUUUCCCUCAAAUUUCUUUGGAAGUGGCAGAAGUUGGGGCAGGAGGAUACCUCGUUCUGAGUGUCUGGGAUGCAUUUUGGGAAAUGUGUGAUACUUAAUUGGGACCUGGGCCCAGCCUGAGCGUACGUUGCUGCCUUCCUGCUGCGCUGUUUUUCUCUUUGAGGAUCUUUGGAAAUACUUGAGACAGGACAACAGAAAUAGGUCAAAGGAAGUAAAACCCACUCCUAUGACACGUGGUGUCUCAUGGCAGAGGCCUGAGGCUUCAGGGUUGCCUGUUGUUAACACUUAAGUCCCCUCUCUCGGUUCCUCUCACAGAUCCCAGAAAGGAGAUAACCAAGCUGCAAUGAACUCUCUUAUGCUCACCCUUCCACUAGAGUACUGUAUUGUUCAGGUGUUCUGCGUUUGCAUGCAACUCCUCGGGAAACAGGUAUCCAAAACGAGAGUGAAAUCAAAGCUGUCGCUUCGCAGAUAUCCCAAACAAGAUACUCUUUAUGUUUUCAGAAACAGGGCUCCCUCUCCGUGGUCAUGAGGGAAGAAGGUUGAUGUGAUCUUGGUUGGGGACUGUGUAUACGGUUUUUUUUUUCAACUGUGAGCUUUGGGAUCAUAAUUGCUUUCACCCCAGCUUCUGUCUACUGCCAUAAAAAAGGACCCCACGUGAGAACACUGAGGUGCAUGUGCAGCCGCCUGCUGUGUACCUGCUGAACCUUCGCAGAAGGAAAACAGGCUGCUGAGGUAUAAGAGGGGUAGCCACCAGUGCCUAAUCUCUUUGGGGAGGGGGGGUUGAAUGCUUCUAAUGCCAGUAUCUAAAAACCACACCGCUGGGAGUUCGUUCCACAUACGGGGGGAGGGGGCAGUGGAGGGGGAGAGGGUACAUUUUAAUCCUAGCCCUUGGGACCAGAGGCAGAACAAUUUCUGUAAGUCGAGGUCCUGAAGAUUUUUUUUUUGGGGGGGGGGGGGCUCAUUGGCCGGUUCUUUUGUUUUUGCUUCCCAGCAUGCAUUUCCUAACCCAAGCUCAGAUCGUUUUUUGAGUUUUUCCGUUUUUCACUUCUGCUUCAUUCCAGGGAGGGGAAAAAAAAUACACCUGUUAGGGUCAAGAUCUUGCUAACACAGAGGCAAAAUAAAUGUUUAAUGUUUUUUGGAGCCUGCCCUCCCACCACCACAUGGCCCCCGAACCCCACACCAUCACCUCACUGCUCUCAGCACGUGACUUCCCAGCCACCCCCCACCCCCGGGGCACCCUCCAUCCCCUCCCUUCCUGCUCUCAACAAUAAAGCCCCAGCCACGACGACUUUUCUUUCUACUCUCCAUUAUCCUCUUCACAACUGCUUGAAGAAAUUUAAUUUUGCACUAUACAUUUUCGUUUUGCCGGACGUGUCUAACAAGUGUGUUUGGAAAGACCUGCUCCCAGCCCUCCCCUUCCUCCCCCACCUCCCCGUCACAUUCUCUCAGGCCUUCUCUGGUAUUUAUAAUAUAUCACAGAAGUACCCAGUCUUACAGCCCUCGGUUAUGCCUUUUUUUGACAUUUUAUUUUUUUUAAGCUUUUUAUAUAUAUAUAUAAAUAUAUUACUUUGUCAAGUUUUUUUGCUGUACAAAAGUCUUAAGAUUUAAAACUAUUAUUUGUAUUAUAUGAUGGUGGUAUGUUAAUGUUACAAAAUUAUUAAUGAAGAAAAAAUUUAUUUUUGUUACUGGUCUGUUUCAUAAUUCUUUUUUAAAUUGGUAUAUUGUAAGAUAUCUAUGCAAAAAUGUUAUGUGACGCAUUUUUAUUUAAGAAUGUAAUAUGUGUAAUAAACAGUAGAAUGUG